AACAAGCUGGGAAAAAGAAGCACAGUUCAUUGUUGGCAAGUACUGAUGUGUGGUGGUGGUAGAAAUAGAGGAACUCUGUGCUGCAGCAAUAUCGUAUUACAGGGUCAUUUAGCAGACUACAAAAGGCAGAGUUGCUCUUCUCUCCUACAUGUUGGGAUCUGGCUCCUGAUCCUCUGCAGUCAGCAUUUUUGGAGCAUUCUCAAGGGGUUUGCAAUGGCAGACCACAUGAUGGCCAUGAAUCAUAGCCGGUUUCAAGAUGGAACUAAUGGUCUUCAUCACCCAGCUCAUCGAAUGGGGAUGGGUCAAUUUUCCAAUCAUCAUCAUCACCCGCAGCAACACACCUUUAACAGCCUAAUGGGAGAACACAUGCACUAUGGACCAGGGAACAUAAACGCUAACAAUAGCAUCAGACAUGCCAUUGUCACUGGGAAUGUAAAUGGUGGACAUCCAAAUGGCAGCAUGGCACCAGCAUCUAGAUUUAACUCGCCAUUUAUGGGACCUGUCCCAAAUCAAGGGGCUCAACUGACUGCUAGCAUGCAGUUACAGAAGCUGAACAACCAAUAUUUUACUCACCACCCCUACCCACACAACCACUAUAUCCCGGAAUUGCACCCUGCAAAUCAGAUAAAUGGGACAAACCAGCAUUUUAGAGACUGUAAUCCAAAGCACAGCACUGGCAUGCCUCCCUCAGUCAGCCACGUCCCUGCAGCUAUGCUGCCUCCUAGUGUAAUAGACACUGACUUUAUAGAUGAGGAAGUCCUAAUGUCCUUGGUGAUAGAAAUGGGUUUGGAUCGUAUAAAAGAACUACCUGAGCUUUGGCUUGGACAGAACGAGUUUGAUUUUAUGACAGACUUUGUUUGUAAACAACAGCCUAACAGAGUAAGCUGUUAGGUGUGUAUUAAGAGUAUACAAAGACUUUGAACAUUCCUUUAUGGGCACAAAACCUUGCUUCCAGAGUCUGCUACGAUCUGUACAGAUUUUUUUUUCACGUUUUCUUGUCCCCAAUACCACAAUUUCCAUAACUGAGCCUUUACUUUUUAUUUAGAGUUUUGUUAAACAACCAUGUUAAAACUUCCCCACCCACAUGCACAUCAUUGUAACAACUUGAUAUAAUACAGUUGUUGAUUGCAUGGGCCUUUAAAGGCAGACUUGCUGCACUAAUACUGCCAUGAUGCUUCAUUUAAUCUAUCAUAUUCUAAAGUGGCGGUUUCACAAAUGUGAGCUAAACCUUGCUGGAAAAGUCCUUCUGUUUGUUUAGUUUGCCAUAAUUGCCCCUCCUUCCCUUUUCUAGUAUAAAUCCAUGAGAUGGGUAAGAUGGUUUUUGGAACAUUUCACCCAAUUUUUUUUUUUUUUUUUUUUUUUAACUCUCUCAAUGUUUGACACUGUGCUUAAUAGUUAAUUUAGUUCAUGGAAAUACUACUGCGUUGAAGGCUUUUUAGGAAAUUUUGACAGUAUUUUUGUACAAAACAUUUUUGAGAAUACUUGUUAAUUUAUUCUAUUUUAAUUUGCCAAUAUCAAUAAAGAGCUUCAAAGUGCA